AAUACAGCAAUGUUAUUAGAAAAAGGUCAAGAAAAGUUGGAUUUAAAGGAUAAUGAAUUUACUUUAUUUUGGAAUAAGCUCAUGUCAUUAGAUUUUCAUGACGAAAUAUCCAUCUUGAAUUCAACAAAGACAGCUUUGAAGGAUUUACAAGACAUGUUUCCAAAUAUUAAACCAUUUAUUGCUAAAGGAGUAGCAGAUCAACCAAAAAUAAGUAAUUCUGAUUCGAGUGCAGAUAAGCGUCCUGCUGUGAAUAUGCUUUCUAGCGGUUUUAUUAAGCGAAAAAAGAUUUAACUGGAUCAAAUUCAUAAAGCAAAUACAUCAAAUAAAAUAGAGUCACACAAGUUCGUUCUAAAACUAAUUCAAUAAAAAGAAUUAUUACAAAUUAUUUUUUUUUCGUCUUCGUUCUUUUCAUUUAACGAGUAUGUCUGAUUUUUCAUCUAUCCAAAGCUCGGAGACUAAGAUGUCGCAACAUGGGCCCAACUAUGCAAAGAAUAGAAAAAAGAGAAUCAAGAAAAAGGCUAAAAAGAAGGCAGCAACUGUAUCAGAGCCUAUUACACAAACCACAAAUGAGGGUCAUGAGAACAAUAAAGCUUUGUCGCCCUUGAUAAAUAAAGUAUUACUUGCUAAAAAUGAGAAUUCCUCAUCACCUGCUACUCACACUGAAAAUAAGAAUAAGAAUAAUACGAAAUCACUGCUGACUGCUUCUAUCGAAAAGGCUAUGAUCGAGUCUAAUAAUAAUACAACUUUUGUUAAACAACAUAUUGAUGAUACUGGAGAGGCUUCAGUUAUGCCUACUAACAUGGCUGAAAAGGAUUUAACAAAGACACAGUCUAAAUUGUUAAAAUUAUCAGAGAAUGUUCAGUACUGUAUCAGAUCAGUAAUUGCUUUCAGAACAAUUGAUAUUGAGAAUAUCAUUAGACAGAUUGUCAAAAAUAAUAAAACAAAUAAAGAAUAUCGAUCAACUGACAAUAGUGCAGCAAUCACUGUUACAAAGAAUGUUCAUGAUUUAACAGAAAAACACACGCCUCAUGCAUUUUCAGAUAAUAUCAAACACGGUAUUAACUGUGCCGUUGCCUCUAGAGUCGUCAACCUUGAGAAUAUCAUCCAAAAGAUAAUUGAGAAUAAUGCAAAGGAGACAGAACCUAACACCCUUAAUAAAACUGAUACUGGUGGCGAUUCAAGUUUUAAGGACAAUAGUGGUAAUGUAAUAAAGACACAUAAUAAAGAAUCUUCUUCAGUAACUGGUACUGCUAAAUCAAUCGGUCAAACUACUACUAGUCCUCCAACUACAAAGCUAAGCGAAAAUAUUCAAUAUUGUAUUCAAUCUGUAAUUCGGUCACGUUCUAUUGACAUAUAUAAAAUAAUUUAUCUGUCACACGAUACAAAGGCUAAAAAGGUCGGCUCAGCUUCUCGGGGUCCAAUAGCACCUUCAUCUUCCACAAAGCCAGCAAGAGCAAAUAAUAAGAAAGACCAAGCACGUGAAUAUGGACGUUUCAAUUUAUUUAAUAAAAAGAAACGUUGUAUCAUAUUGUAACAUCUUUAUAUAUGCAUAUAUAUGCAUUUUCGCAGCUAUUAUGAUAGCAU